UGCGGUUCGGGACAGGAGGCUAAGCGUCUCUUCAAACAGGUGUGCGGCUGUCCGAAUCAGUUUCAUGACCAUUUUUCCAGAUAAUAACGAAAGGGAGAAAGCUAUCCCAACGUUGCGAAGAAAGCUUCCUCGAAGCGGGACAGAGGUAGGGGACAAGGAAAUCAAAAGCCACAUCUUAGCUAUUUUUUUACUAUUUUAAAAAUAUAACGUUCCGAACGCGAACGCUAUGGCAACAAAAAAAGCAUGCAUGGAUCUACCGAAAAGGAGCCGAAGUCCUGUCGUGUUGGAGGCAGAGAUGUUUAGCGAAUUUCAGGACUGGUGUCUCCGGACUUAUGGGGACUCGGGUAAAACAAAGACCGUCACCCGGCGAAAAUACAACAAAAUCAUGCAGACACUACUGCAAAAUGAGGAGACGGACAGCAUGUAUGUCGACAAUAGUCACAUAAACGCCAAAUUUAAAUUUUGGGUUAAGUCAAAGGGGUUUCAGGUCGGGACCAACAUUUUGGGGGAGCACAACAAGAAAGGAGCAUCAGGGAAGCCAGUGCUUUACGUCCCGGUCAAGUCAACGUGUUCAGACGGGGGCUCGGCCCAGGACAGCUCCUCCCUGAAGCGGGUGGCGGUGGUGGAGGAUUUCUUUGACAUCAUAUAUGCCAUGCACGUGGAGAUGGGUGCUGACCCCGGUAGGGCACCUAAACAUGCUGGCCAGAAGAAGACCUACAAAGCGAUAGCAGAGACGUACGCCUUCCUGCCCAGGGAGGCGGUGACACGCUUCCUAAUGAGCUGUGGAGAGUGUCAGAAGAGGAUGCACAUCAACCCCAGCACUGCCGAGUUCAAAGAAAAUGAUCGACCAACCUCGCUUGUCCCGGACCUCAUUGACUACAACAUGCCCCUUACUGCCACCUACCUAAAACAGAUGAAACUACAGUGCAUGACUGCCAAUGAAAGGGAUGACAGUUCGGUGAGCAGUGAGGACAUGGACAUGGCUGAGCCUACGUGGGUGUCAGCGGAGCCCCCGGUACCUGAGCUCAGUCCUCACAACGCAGAGAGGCUCCCCAGCCCGAGGAGCACGCUCAAAGAGGAGGAGGAUGACAACUCCUCGGAGAGUGGUAGUGCCAAUGGGCUGCCGGCUCUGACUUCACCAGAGGCAUUGGCUGUGGCUGGGAACCCCCCAGAUGGUGCGGUGCCCUACGGGGAGGUGAGAGAGAAUGGGGUAAGCGCACCCUUGGACUUCAGCACCACCUCCUCAUCCUCCUCAGAGGACCAGCAGCCGGUCAACCUGAGCGACCGACUGCCGCCCUCGGGGAGCCCUCCUCUGACGCCCUACCCUGCCGAUCCCAACAGGAAGUACCCUGCCAAACAGGACUACGGCAACAAGUCUCCACAGUACAGCUCAGGAAGCUAUGACUCUGUAAAGACUGAACUGAGCAUGAGUGCAGAGGACCUUACUGCGGGCCGUACACAGAUCAUCGAUGAUGACGAUGAUGACCAUGAUGAUCACGAUGACAGUGAUAAGAUAACUGAUGCCGAAGGCAUGGACCCUGAGAGGCUGAAAGCUUUCAAUAUGUUUGUGCGUCUGUUUGUGGAUGAGAACCUGGACCGCAUGGUCCCCAUCUCCAAGCAGCCCAAGGAGAAGAUCCAGGCCAUCAUCGAGUCCUGCAGCCGCCAGUUCCCUGAGUUCCAGGAGCGCUCUCGCAAGCGCAUCCGUACCUACCUCAAGUCCUGCCGCCGCAUGAAGAAGGGUGGUUUUGAGACUCGACCCACGCCUCCCCACCUCACCUCGGCCAUGGCUGAAAACAUCCUGGCUGCUGCCUGUGAGAGUGAAACACGCAACGCUGCCAAGAGGAUGCGACUAGAUACCUACCAAGCCCCUGAGGAGUCUGCUACUGCUGACAAGUCCAGCCCCAGGGACCCGGCCUCUGUGGCCCACUCAGGCUUCGCCCUCGCAGCCUCAGCAUACUCCCAGGACCAGCUCUACACGAACGGAGGCCUCAACUAUAGUUUCCGUGGUUAUGGGACACUUAACAGCAACCAGCAGACCACUGGUUCAACGCAGACCAAUGGUCCCACUGAUCUCAGUAUGAAAUCUGCAGCCCCUAACUCCUCUUCCUCCAGCGCCAACAGUCACGGUCAGGGUGGAGGUGGGGGCGGAGCCUCAGCUCAGCUAAGCCUCCCGGAGGUGACUGCUGUGCGACAGCUGAUCGCCGGCUACCGGGAGUCUGCAGCCUUCCUUCUCCGCUCAGCAGAUGAGCUGGAGAACCUGAUCCUGCAGCAGAACUGAGUUUAAGCUGAGCAGGACCAGGCCCAACCAGGCCCAGCGGGGCCAGACCUUCUCCCAGCCCGUCCUCCUGUAUCUCAACACCACACACAUUCGGGCAGACUCUUAAUCAUGCUGAGAUGCAAACACACACGUUCCAGAGUGAAAUUGCAGCGCACAACUGGACGAUACCUAAGGUACAAGAGUAAAAAUGUGUGUGUUUGUAUAGCAUCGGUCUGGAACAUCAUAGUAGCAGAAUUAAUCAUUUACUGUGCACAUUUACUUCACCAUACUCUUAGUAUCCAGUUAACUUGUGCCAUCCUCAUGACUCUCUCCCUAACUGUUCUCUUCAUUCACACUCCUUCACACCUUGCUUCAUACAGUAUAUGUAGAUAUCUCUAAUGGGACAAUGAAUUAGUGACAAAAAGAACAAUUUCUUGUUAUUUUACUUUUACAUUGGGUGUUAGGGUCACACCAUAAAGUUGCUCUCAUGAUGGUCAAGGAACUGCUGCUACCGAUGUGACCACCUGCCAUUGACCUGCUAACCUCAACAGCUAGGACUCGCUGAAAUACUUAUGCACAAGCACAGAGUUAAAGACGGAUGGCAAAACAGACUGAAAGUUAGAUGUUGAUAUGCUCUGUCCAUCUGUCCUGUCUUAAUACCUCUCUCUUAGUUUAUUUGACUGUUUCGUGAGUCGGAGGCUUGAGGCCAGCAUAGCUGAAGACUCUACACAUCUUAACGUUUUUUUGUGUGUUGUUGUUCCAGUUCCAAAUUGUUUGUUUUAAAUUGCUGUGUUGAUUUUACACUUCUGGGGCCAGAUAAUGAGAAGCUUGUGUAUGCAAAUAGUGUCCAUAUUCUACUGGAAAAAGUGAGGAAGAUGGUGCAAUAUGAAAGAUAAUCAGUUAUGGUGAGCUUACCUGGCCAAAUAACUGUCCUCACACCCAAAAUGGCUUAAACCUUAUUGAAAGACUUUGCUGAAGGAGGUGUGUGUAUGCUUUCAUUACUACCUCCUCAGGCUGUCAGAUUAGUAGAACACUGCUUUAUAGCACUGUAGCUGAAAACUGUUGUUGUUGUUUGUUGUGAACGCUGCUCUUUAUCUCUAACCUCAUAACUGAGGCACUUUCAUUGAUUGGGACCAAUCAAACUGAUCUGAGUAAAACAAGGAACCAGAUGAGACCUGAGGUUUUAAACUUAAUUGUGGCAGGUAACUUUCUGUUACGAAAUUACAUUUUGUUUUUCUUUUGUCAGUCACAGCCAAUAUAUAUUUUCAGUCACCAUCGAUAUCCAUUAAUUUUGGUCAGGUUAUUAGGUUUACAUCACUGGCUGGUUGCCAGCUUAAGGGAAAGAACCCCCACCAUAUCCCUUCACCCUUCUUCAACCCCCCCUGUUCUCUCUCUCUGCAUGUCUCAUUGAAAGAAAUCAUGGUAUGAAACACACUGUUUGAAAUGGUAAAAAGAAGAAAAAGAAAAAAAAGAAGAAGCAAAAGACAAUCUUGAAAACGUGGGAGAACAAGUGUCCCAGUUUCCUCUCACAGUUCUCUGCCAUGGUGAGUCCAGUACGUGGGGUUGGCAGACUAGCCCAGACUGAGCUUCAGCAUGCUGUCUUCAACACCACGUCAAUAGAGCACAACCCAGCACUGAAAAGUCACGUGUCGUCAUUUGGUUUCUUUACUUUUGUCUUUUUAUUUGUUGUGUAGUAUUUGUAUUUGCAGUAGCCCUUUCAAGCGCUUUUGUACAACAUUAACACAUUGACAGCAUAAUUACUCUAUGAGCCUAAAACAUUCCAAACCAAGAUGGUUUUCCAAGCCGUCAAGCUGGUCCUCACCUUCCAGAUUUGUUAGAAAAUUCAGAACCCAGAGACAUACUUAGAUUGUUUUGUCUCAUCAGUAGUAUGUGUUCAGUGUCCACAUGACUAACAUAAAUGUAUUCAUACACUUGUGUAGAUAAUUUCCAGGACAGUUCAGUCUAUGAUGCAGAAUAAGCUGUCCCUUUACUGUCACCCUGACAUGAUUGGACUUCAUUCUAUUUCAAAUAUUAAAUCUAUUGCAAGUUUGGAAGCACUUUACAGCUCAGGGCUAAGGUAACACAAUACACAUUUGUUUAAUAAUAACAACAGUUUCUGUAUAACAAGCAGCACGUCCUGGACUCCAUAGGAGCAUAAAGAGCUGUAGCUUUAUCUUUCACUUUUGAUGUUCGUCACUCUUACUUUUCUGUUGAUGGCAUGCAGUCUGGUUUGAUUUUGAAGUGAUACUCACUCCUGGAAUGUUAGAGUUACAGAAUGCAAUGGGGGACAUGUUUCAGUUCUCGAGCCACCUAGUCAACGAGUAGUAAAGAGCUGGUGAAGUUCAUUAUAUUUGGCACAGCACACAUCAAAUCAGUGGACUUUCUGUCCAUGAAUUGUUCAGAAAUGACUGAUUAGCAGGACUAUUCUGGCUAGCAAACUGUUAUUUUAAACUUUGUAGGCAAAAUCAUUUAAACAUGUUAUGUUGAGCUGGAUAGACUUUGUUCCAUAUCCCAUAAGCUGUAUCAAUCAAGUUGAUAGCUGUGCUUGGGGCUCUGUCCCUAUACUCUUUAAUGUCUUCCUGGUGUCCUCCACUUGCUCCCUGUCUACCUUCCCUAAAGUAGCCAUACCAAUAUCCAUAUCAGGAUGCUCCCUCACACUUCAUCUGUUGUUACUGUGUGAUAACAUAGUGUUGACCUAAUCCGUCCAGUCAAAUGUUUAUUGAAAGAAUAUUUCAAACAACCAUUUGCAUUGUGUCUCCAAAAGAGGAACUUUGGACAUUUAGUCCAAUAGGUCUACAAUGAGAUAUAUAUUUUAGGUGUGUGCUAAAGUUGCUGUGACUAAUCAAAGACAACCAUUUGUAAACAUGUUUAUUUCCAAUGGCCAGUUGGACUUUUCUCUGUAAUGACUGGACAAUGUAAUGUAUAGAUGUUUGAUUAAAAAUGCCCUGGUAGCUUGUGGAUUGCUAAAGUGGUCAGAUAUAUGUAUAACUGUACAAAGGGUUAUAAAAGAAACGUUUUGAACCUUUAAUUUAUCUGUGGGUACAGCACUGUUUAAAAAAAUCGAAGUGGUUUCAGCCCUUGCCUGUUUUAACUUAUGAUUUAGUGGUGCUCUGUACUUCUAUUGUUAUUUAUAUUCUUAUGUUUGUUACCUCUCCUGUACUAACCAGAGACUGUAGCUCUGUGCAGGAGGUUGUACUGUGUAACAAUGUGAAGCUUUGCGUUUUUUCCCUCUGGUUUUAUGACUCAGUGAAGUGUGAUGUUUACAUGUACAGUUUUUAAAAACUAUGUUCUUUUUUGCUUUUUUUAUCCAAGUUAUUCUCUCACCCUAACCCCCAUUUGCUCAGAUGUUUUUAUCUUUUUUUAGCAUUGCAUCAAAUGCAGACGUGGCCACUUUGACUUGUGGUCCAGUCACAAGUCCACCUCGUCAGAGUGGGGCUCAAGAACCAGGUGUGGGUGGCCUCUGGUAAUGGCUGAGAGCAUCUUAAAAGAGAAUCUGGAGUGAGAGGGAGAUUCAUGACACCUCAAAGUGCACAAUCAAAGGCAUACAGAGUUCAGUUGCAUCCAGCUACAUUAUAACAGACUUCUAUAAUUGCCAGAAAAAUUCCCUGGCCUCGUCCUGGUUCCAAUACUGGUUAUUAUUGGACAACAAUCCUUGUGAGGUGCCCUUUGACAUGUCGUCGCAUCUCCUCAGUGAUGUAAAAGCCAUUCCCCUCUCCUGGCCUUCGAGGGGAACACAUGAACCUCAGGAAACACUGAAUCUCUGAGUUUAUUUUUGAUCCAUUGAUCGCCACUGGUUUGACUCUUAAGUCUCUACCGAAUAUCAUUACAUUUAUACGAGAUGUUUAUCAUUGUUUUGUACAUUUAUCAGUGUGAUUUAAAAGUGGAGCUCUUUUCCAGUACAUGUGACUGAAUAUUUUGAUUUUUUGAAAAGUGUUUAUAGGUAUGGAUAUUUAUUAAUAUAUGUGAAACAACUAAAAAACAAAAGACAAGGCAGAGCUGUUUCAUUUGUUUCAUGCAAAACCACCCAGGUGUGGUUCUCUGCCUCUUACAUAUCACUAAAGAGGGACUUGUGUUUGUUGAAAAUAGCGCUUUUUCAGUGUUGCGUCAACUCUAUGGUAAAAAAAAAACACAUAUUGGUUUACCAACAGCAGCAUUGCAGAGCUCUCUUCUUCUUCUGAGAUGUCAGUAAAUGAAUAAAACAGUGCG